AUGGUUUGCUGGUGCUUCUUCCCCUUGGCAUCAGGAGGUGCUGCUAGUGCUUCUUCCCUUCUCUUUGUCUAUUCAUUGGACUAUGCUCGUACUCAUUUAGCUAAUGAUGCUAAGGCUACAAAGAAAGGAGGAGAAAGACAAUUCAAUGGUUUGGUUGAUGGCUCAUUAUCAAUGAACGAGGGUGCCAAGUCUCUCUUCAAGGGUGCCAGUGCUAACAUUCUCCAUGUAGUUGCAGGUGCUGGUGUUCUUGUUGGUUAUGAUAAUUUACAGCUAAUUAUGUUUUGGAAGAAGUGUGGAUUUAAUGGUGCUUAA